AUGUUAUUCAACAUAUAUAUUAAUGAUUUACCUAUGGUACCAAAGAAUGGUAAUUUGAAGUAUUACGUCGACGACUCGAAGUUACUUUUGUCAUUUUCCGUCAAUGAAGUGAACUCAGCGGCUGCUAAGCUUAACGAAGAUCUACGGAGAGUCGUUUCUUGGUGUUCUCUAAAUAGUCUGCUUAUUAAUCCCAAUAAGACUAAAUUACUUGUGUUCUCAACUCGUUAUAUGUUGAAACAGAUACCGGCAGAUUUCCAUAUUUUACUAUUGGGGAAAAAACUGUUUCCUGUGACCUCAGCCACUGAUCUAGGCGUGACACUGGAUAGUGUUUUGACGUACGAUGAACACGUCACAAAACUGGUUUCCUCUUGUGUCGGUAGCCUGUGUCAAAUUAAUAGAGCAAGGCACCUUUUUGAUAUGAAGACGUUAAUUCUUUUAAUAAACGCGCUGGUUUUUAGUAAACUCUAUUACUGUUCAACCAUAUGGUCUAAUUCAUCGAAGAAAAACAUUGCAAAAUUGCAAAAAGUUCAGAAUUUCGCAGCACGUAUUGUCACGGGCACAAAAAAAUUCGACCAUAUCACUCCAUCUUUAAAACAGCUUAACUGGUUAUCAGUCAAUUAUAUGUUGCGAUUCCGAGAUACAGUAAUGGCUUAUAAAUGUGUUAAUGGUAUGGCCCCAUCAUAUUUAUGUCGUAUGUUCCAAACAAGAUCACAAUUACACAAUUUGAACACAAGAUCUAGCGAAUUAUUGGAAAUACCUUUAUAUAGAACAGCGACCGGACAACGUUCUUUUCGCUACCGAGCUUCUUGUUUAUGGAACAGUUUGCCAGAAUGGCUAAAAGACCAUAAUCUUAAUUUGGAACGUUUUAAAAGCGGGCUACGAAGUUAUUUGGUUCAACAAUUUCUCGAUGAACAGAACUGA